CAUCUUCACCCCGAAAUACCGUAUCUUGCCCUCAAUAAUAAUAGACCGUCAGGAUGUCUGGUUUGUUUACUCGAUUUGCUUGAUGCGCGAAUAGUGGGGGAGCUAUGGAGGGGCACCCGAAUGCUAACUGACGAAAUUACAGGGAGCGCUGGAUUUGAUCGACACAUUACUAUCUUCUCGGAUCAAGGGAGGUUAUAUCAAGUUGGUCAGUUAUCCCGGGGCUACGGUUUGAUGCGCGAGGAGGUUAUCGGAUGGCGUGGGGGAUGUGGGGUUGAGCCUCCGAAUGCUGAUUGAUUUGAUAGAGUAUGCGUUCAAGGCUAUAACAGCAGCGAACAUUACCUCGAUUGGUAUUAGAGGAAAAGAUUGUGCGGUUGUGAUUUCUCAGAAGAAAGUUCCUGUACGUUUUACAAAUGGGUUUCUCUUGAGGAUGGAGAGUGCUGUGCUCAUGGUUGUGCAGGACAAGCUUCUUGACCCCUCUUCCGUUACAUACGUCUUCCAGUUAUCUCCCUCUGUUGGCUGCGUCAUGACUGGGUCUAUUGCCGACGCUCGUGCUGCGGUUUCUCGUGCUCGUGGAGAGGCGGCAGAGUUUAGAUACAAGUACGGCUAUGAGAUGCCUUGUGAUGUUCUUUCGAAGAGGCUGGCGAAUAUCAACCAAGUCUACACUCAACGUGUACGCCCCCUUGGCUCUUCCGGUGUUUGUUCAAUACUAACUCUGCUCCAGGCUUACAUGCGCCCGUUGGGAGUUUCCAUGACCCUCAUAUCCGUCGACGAUGAGAUGGGUCCUCAGCUCUACAAAACCGAUCCGGCUGGCUAUUAUGUCGGUUACAGAGCCACUUCCUCGGGCCCCAAGCAACAGGAAGCCCUCAACCAUCUCGAAAAGAAGCUCAAGAAUAAGGAUUACGCUCCCGGUGAUUGGAAGGAGGUCGUGGAAACAGGAAUCUCGGCCCUGAGCUCUGUUCUAAGUGUCGAUUUUAAGAGUGGGGAGGUCGAGGUCGGCGUCGUUGGUGCGGAUGGGAAACCUGGGUUCAGGAAAUUGACUCAGGAGGAAAUUGAGGAGAGGCUGCAGAGCAUCGCAGACAAGGACUAGGUGGAAUAUCCCGGAUGGGGCUGAUCUCCUGUUACGCUGAAUGAAUGGUUAGCGGUUCCCGCCAUAAUUAAUGUGAACAUGGAGUGACAAAUUUGAGGAUGCGGGUGCUGGUGGCGGUUGUGAGGGGCGAAUAUCUUGAAAGGCAACUGUCGUGACCUUUCAACCACCUGCGCCCAUCACACGGUCGAUUUUGCUUAAUAGCUUGGGCUUGCAGAAUAGAAAAUUGGUAUUUAAGAUGUCAAAAUAUUUUAUUUGCAAGU